CGGUAUCCGGAUGUACCGGAUACCCUCUUUUCCACUUCAACGGGUUCCCACAACAACUGGUGCAUCUGACCGUGCUGUGCGACUUCCGCCAUGGAUACUGCGUCGUUCUUCGACGGCAUCAAGCGUGAGACGAACGAACAAGUGCCACCAACGCCCCAUAUUCUCCCUGGUGCGACGAAAGUGCCUCGAGCUCCGCUGACCAAGUCGGACGUCGAGUUUGCGGAAUACAAAGACGACGUGGCUGGUCCGGGCAACACGGGUGGGUACAUUGCAUUCGAGGAAAUCGAGCAGUUCCGGCCGUAUCAAGAAGCAGAAAAGUGCCCACUGCACAAUCAGAUCAGGAUUGACCGCAUGGUCCAAGAACUCCCGCGCGUGCUGGCGGAAAAGUCGUUCGAGCUCGGUGUAUGCUACAUGAUCGACAUUGUCAAAGAAUUCAAUCCCCGCCCGUUCACUCCCGUGCAAUGGCGAGCGCUCAAAAGCAACCGAAUUGCAAACAAGCGGUUGCUUGAAUACACCCGCGUGGGUCUCAAACACCCCCAGGAGACCAUAGUCGAGUAUGUUGGUGUGUACUGCCACAUGUUCUUCUCGCACCGACAACGCAUGCCCCAAUCGUACCUGAACAUGCGGGUGGCCUUGGAAAACUUUGCCGAGCAUCGAAGUACCCAACCACGUAUGGAUGGCCCUACCGUCGGGCACCUGGCGUGGGCAUAUCGGACCCAUCAGGCGUACGUGCGGCCUCAGGUCUCGCUUCCGAUCGUUCCAGCCGACGUCAAGAUGACGAUGCCUCCCUCAAGCAGACACGACGUAGACCAGAAAGUGCCCAUGCCGACAUUAAAGCGGCAGCGUGAGGAUUCGGCGGAGCGGCCACGAAAGCGCAGUCGAUCGCAUGAUCGUAAUGCAAGAUCGUGGACGAACCGGUCGGAAGAACGAAAUUCAAACACCUCGCAUUCGGCGCGACUUGGGUCGACGUCGAUGCGGUUUGACAGGUUGCAAACCAAAGAACGAAUGUCGCGAGAUGAUCAUGUGCGAUCUCGAUCGCGUGAGCGGGCUGAAAACGUGCGGCCAGCUCGACGUCGGUCAAGGCCACGCAAACGACUCAGCGGCUGUCGAGAACCAGACGACAACCGGCGAUCAGCGGAGCGAGAAGGGCACGGACCUGAAGCAUCUCACACCCAACGACACAAUUUGCUGCCGGCGAGAAAUGAUGGGGCGAAAUUCAUCCCGGACCAAGGUAGUCAGCAAACACUUGACAAGUCUUCGCAAGACAAACGGUCGUGUGCUUCUACCCGUCAACGACCCCACGGGGAAGCAGUCGAGCCCGACGACAGAAGUGCAUGUCCUGAAAACAUGGCACCGACAAGUUUUUUGUCGCCGCCAGCAACACAGAUCGAACGACCUGUCGUCAAUGUGGUGCACGCAUCUCCCAGUCCGAGCAUUCCACUCCAACUCCCUGCGCUAGACAUGCGACCGAGCCCCGUCGCUGACGUGGCGUACGCAUUCACUGUCGAGUCGCUAAACAUCGACGCCGUGACAACACCAAUUCAAUAUGCAGCCCCUAUCCACGACCAUAUCACGCCGCCCACUCAAGGAUCACAGAUGCGGACGCCAUUGUCUUUGCCCAGCACAACAAGCGCAAUGAUGCUGUCCAAAGCGACCGUCAACGCACAACCACCCGUCCAGUCUUGCGACACAGCCGUUGCGUCCACUGCGACUUUGAAAGUAGACUUCAAACUGGAGCCCAUGCAAUCGCGUAAAAUCGCUCGACUUCCAACCGACGCUGCCGCAACAGUGUGUUUGGAAGACUCUGCAGCACCCAUGCAAACGGCGUCAAGUGAAUGGAGUGUGAAAAAAGAACCAGUGGCCACCGUGGUCGAGGCGACUCGUUCGAAAAGAGCUAUCCCUGCCGCCGCCGCCUCACAAGCAUCUCCAUUGCAGACGUCUGAACAAGGUGUUCCAGAGGUGAAGAUAAAGGUCGAGCCGGGAGUAUGUCUUGACGACACGUCGAGUACAACUCGUAUGGAGGAACGAGCUGCGGAUGAGCGAUCAUUGCUCGAACUCACCCAUGUGCGGGGUGAUCCUAUCGAUUUCCCAGUUGUUGGACCAGACGCAAACGCUUCAAUCCCUUCUACAAAUGCAACUGCUGUCUCUGUUGGCAUGGCAUUUCCCCCAUUGGACGCCAAAAACUUGACUAGAGAAGUCGACGACCUUCGCGAAUGGCUGAGCCAAUGGCAGGCAUUGCAAGGCGGGCAAUUCGAGGACUCGACUAGCGUGACCACUGCUGGCGCAUAUCGGGAGCUCAUUGCGACGUUGAAUGCCAAGGUUACGGCGCUUCAUCGGCAUGGGUUCGAGUUCAGUCAGGCAUCAAUGGCGCACAUUCCCACAAGUCUACGUAAUUUCAUGGGAAGUGUGGCGUGGGCCCAGGGGCCCGGUUGCACUCCAUGGCCAGCGGUGUGGUUUGGAGCCGACAUGGUGUACCUGUUUGCGCUACAUGAGUGGCACACGGUCCAACCAGACACUGUUCGCGAAUGGUCGGGCCCUCACUUCGACGCGUGUGCCGCUGGUCCAGUCAAACCAGCGCUGAGAAAAUCUUUCGACGACGCCAUGACGGAAGCUGUGGACUUUAUUGCUUCGACCCAACCAUUGGAAGUGUAGCAGGCACACGAUGGAGACAUAUUCCUCAUGGCUAGAUUCUGGCACAUUGUUCGGCUUGUGCAGCAUUUCGGCAAUCAGAUGUCCUUUGAAGCGCAGUAAUUAUGAGCAUGACCUGUUGUAUUCAAAAGCUAUUGAAUGCUGCACGAAGA